CCUCCACUGUGGCUUCCUGUAUGAGAUACAACCGUCAGGGUCAGAACAAAAUUGUGGUUUGCCUGCACUGCCAUGAAAUGUCACUGGGCUGGGACCAGAAUGUCUUCAUCGUCAUAACCAUCAGAGAAAGAGAGAGAGCAAGAGAGAGAAAGAGAAAGGGGGGGGGACUGAGUAAGUAAAAUAGGGUAGACAGAAAAAGAGAAGAGAUUAUUACUUAAAGGGGUAGAAAGAAAAGAAGUGAUUGAAAGUGGCAGGGGUCUCAUAGAGUGAAGAGGUUUGUGAGAGAGAGAGGGAGAGAGAGGAAGAACCUGGACAUCUGGAUUGUCCUUUUGACUGCCAGACAUCUGGAAUGAGAGGGUGGGGUUUAUGCUCUCCAGCACUGUGCCGCGUACGAGUGCCAACUCUCACACCUCACAGCCGUGCCACCCUCGCCACUUGGGCAGCUGCUAUUGGUCCAACCUACCAACCGUCCGGUUGAUCUGGAGCAAUGAUGGAGGUCCUGUGGCGGAGGUCUCUCUUUCUUCUGCUCGCCGUGCAGAUGCUUCCCUGUCACUCACUGCACGAUCUGACUUGUUUUAAUGACUACAUCAAAAAAAUAAGCUGUGUUUGGAACGGUUUUGGAACACCCCCGGAGGUCCACUGCGUUCUCAAAGCAAAAGCAUACGGAAAUGUGAAGAGUUGUGAGCUGAUGCCCGCGGAGGGUGAGGACCAAGCCUUCAGGACCUGCCAGCUUGCUUUCGAAGUAUUCACUUAUUACAACAAAUUGACAAUUCAUGUCGUGUGUGGAGACUCUGAGGUUGCCUGUUUGAAGGACUACAGGCCGGCGCAUAAUGUAAAAAUGCACCCCCCUGGCAAACCCAUCGUCGUCAAGUCAAAUGUCUCCUGGAGUCUCGGCAGUCCCCAUUCAAAUCUGAUCCCCAGCUAUAAUUUUGAACUGCAGUACAAACGGUCAGAGCAGCCCUGGGAGAAUGCGGUGUCAAGGAACCUCACGGCCAAACAGAUGUCAGUAGAGCUGCCCGAGGACGAGCUUGAAAAGGGACGGCUGUAUGAGGCCAGGGUUCGAGUGAAGCCACCAGAGCCACGGAAUAGUUUACCCGCCCUCAGAGGGGUGUGGAGCAGCUGGAGCCCCACUGCGUCCUGGAGGUCAGAGGUCGGGAGGUCACCUGAAAGAGCCUCGCACCCAGGGUCUUUCCCAGGUCUGGGCCCAGAACUGCAGGUGACUUUGGGGCUGGUGACUGCUGCUGUUGCCUUUCUGGUCCUGAUCACCUGCAAAAUCCACAGAGCCGGCUGGGUUUACAAGUGGAAGCUGCCACAUGUGCCAAACCCCUCCACCUACUUCCAGUCCUUAAAUUCUGUCCAUGGAGGGAAUUUCCAGAAAUGGCUGAGUCCCAUGUACGCCCCAGAAUCCUUUGAUAUCCCCCAAAGUUUUGAGGACAUCUCCGCUGUAGAGGUGUUCAAAACUGAGGACGUCGCCGCCCUGCUCCACACGAGCAACCCCACAGAUCUCUGGGACAGCAGUGCCGGCUCCUCCUGCUUCUCCAACAUGGGCUACUUCUACUCCGAAUACCCCGACUCUUAUGGGACUGAAGUGCAUUUCAGCUACCAGAUGGACGCGAGGUGCUCUGUGGAGGUGGUGGGUGAGGAAGGGGAUGCCCCUGUCCCGGCCAGGUCUUCCUACGAGCACCUCAGCGAUCAUCCAGGGAAAUCCAGACAGCUGGAUCCAGGCCGCAGGGAGCAGAAUGAGGAGGAGGAGAAGGAGGGUGACAUUGGGGAUGGCUCAAAGGAAAUAGACACAGUUCCUCCUCUAGCCAUUCUUCCUUUUUCACUACCCAAUCCUGUGACCCCUUCUCCCAUCCCACUACCCCCUCACCUUCUCAACAUGCCCCUGCUACCCCUCCCCUCUCAUGAUUUUGACUCAGAUACUGCAACUGGUAGCAGUAACGCCCCAGGACCACUGGAGGGAGCGCUUGGCAGAUCCUCCUCAGAGAGAAUUGAGCCCUCUAGUGGUGGGUACAUGUCAGUGAUGGAAAUGCUGAACACCUACUGCAAUAAAUCCAUUUGAGAAAUGUUUUGCUAUGAAAAUAUCACUUUUUCUCAGAUCCUUUUCCCCCUAAAUAUGGUUCUCUAAUAUAGAUAGUUUGGUGUAAUGUAAAUUAAUAAUACAAAUAAUUUUCUUUUGCAAAAGUGUCCAGGGAAAUUGAUCAGUUGUACAAUAGUAUCAGUCAUCUAUUGAAAGGCCAUUACAAAGAAUGGUAAUGAGGAGUAUUUGUCAUUUUUAUUAUUUAAAAAAUAUAUCCAAUAGAUAGGCAAAACAUACAAUUUGCUCUGGGACACUUCCUUCAUGCUUUUAUGUGCUUAUAAAUGUUACAAGGCCAUGAUAUUUAUGUGCAAGUGCAGAUCACUUAUACUACUGCUUAAUAAUGUUACACAGAUUGCUCUUGAAUGUUUGAAUUGCCUUUUACUUCACUUAAGUUUUUUUUUUUUUGUUUUUUUUUCAUGAGGUGUGGCAUUUCCAUUCUCAGAUUCAGUGUUUGGGAUGUUGUCAUGGCCUCUGCCGUAACAGUAGCAUGUAAUAUCUGCAAUAUUUUAAAAUAGAUGCAUUAUAUUUUAAUUUUUUAAGUCAUUAUUUCUGCUGUGGAUACAUGUGUAAGGUCUCCUUAAAUGGGAAAUGCUGAUGGAAGGCUGUUCUCUUUUGACAUUGAAUUCAAUUUUGUCCAGAUUAUUUGUGUUCAGUUUUUAUACAUUUGUAAUCAUGUAAACGUGUGCUGCUAAUACCAGACUUACUCUCUGACAGCUCAUUUGAAUGAAAAGUUCCUUCACUGUGCAUUAUUUUAACAACUGUUAAAACAAUCCUAUUAUAUUUAGCAUUUAUUCUCAGAUAUGAAGCUAAUAAAAAUAAACUAACUGACAAUGACAAGUUGA